CACCUGACAGAACAUGAUCUUUUACAAGUGGAAACGUUUUACAAGGGUCACAAAACAGAAGUUUACGUUAGCACAUGCAUGGCAGCUGUGUUUUUAAGCUCAUCUGGAUGUAAUUCAAACUGGACAUUCCACAAAGAAGGAAUACCUGUAUUCGUUCUGGACUCUGGUGAAAGCAGACGACAAAAACGACUUCACAUAGUACUGGCCGAGAAAGGAACAGCUUUCCCAAUGUGGAGAGAUGUUUUAACACAUUUGAGCCAAUACAGAAUCGGUCAGGAACCAAAUUUUCACAUAAUGAAUUCUUCAAAAGAUCAUUCGAAACAUGUUGGCAUUCGCUUCUACGACGCAAUGUCAGCCAACCUAUUUUAUAGUCAUUACGUCAGAAUAACAAAUGAUGGCGAAGACGACGUGCUUGACUUGAGUAAUAGCAGAAAAAAAAUGAAAUCAAAAACAGGAAACAGGCACUCGCCAAAAAGUGCCAACAAGCUAGCUUUUAAAAAAUCCGACAUUUCCCAACCGUGUUGUUUCACACACAUAACCAAGAUU